CGGCAGCCAUAUUUGCUUAGGUUUGAAAUGGCGAAUAACAGCGCGGCGGCCCUGGCCGGGACCCCGCAACCCACUCAAACGAGCGGCGGUGGGAGUAAGCCGGCACCUUCAGGGAAGCCUGGGAAUGUGCUGCCGCUGUGGGGCAAUGAGAAGACUAUGAACCUGAACCCCAUGAUCCUCACCAACAUCUUGUCCUCGCCAUACUUCAAGGUGCAGCUGUAUGAACUGAAGACGUACCAUGAGGUGGUGGAUGAAAUCUACUUUAAGGUAACUCACAUUGAACCAUGGGAGAAGGGCAGUCGAAAAACUGCUGGGCAGACAGGGAUGUGCGGAGGGGUCCGUGGGGUUGGGACUGGAGGUAUUGUAUCAACUGCCUUCUGUCUGCUGUAUAAGCUGUUCACAUUGAAGUUGACAAGAAAACAAGUAAUGGGUCUCAUCACACAUACAGACUCCCCAUACAUCAGAGCACUUGGUUUCAUGUAUAUAAGAUACACACAGCCUCCUACGGAUUUAUGGGAUUGGUAUGAAGAUUUUCUUGAUGAUGAAGAGGAUUUAGAUGUGAAGGCUGGUGGAGGUUGUGUCAUGACCAUAGGAGAGAUGCUACGUUCCUUUUUGACAAAACUUGAAUGGUUUUCCACCCUGUUCCCAAGGAUCCCUGUUCCUGUGCAGAAACAUAUAGACCAGCAGAUAAAAGCCAGACCAAGGAAGGUUAAGAAAGAUAGUGCUGAAGUGACUGAGGAACCAGACCGUCAUGUUGAAAGACGGCGAUCAAGGUCUCCAAAAAGAUCUUUGAGCCCUCGUAGAUCUCCAAGGCGAUCACGAAGCAGAAGUCAUCACAGAGACCACCAUGGAACAUCAAGUUUUGACAGGGAACUAGAGCGAGAAAAGGAACGUCAAAGAAUAGAACGAGAGACAAAAGACAAACGCCGUUCACGAAGUCAUGAACGUGGUAUAGACCGUAGGAGAAGUAAAAGCAGAGAGAGACAUAGAACAAAGAGUCGAAGCAGAGACCGCAAGACAGACCGACGUGAGCGAGACAAGGAAAAGGAAAAUGACAAGAAUCGAAAACGGGACUCUGAUAAAAAGGGUAAUGGCAGAGACAAGGAUUCCGAUAGGACACGAGAUCGUUCAAAGGAACGCAAGAGGAGUGAGGAGAGAAAAGACAGGGAAGACAAGAGACACAGAGAAGAUAGAGAUUCUCGUAAGGAGAAAAAGCACAGUAGGAGCAGAAGCAAAGAGAGGAAACCACGAAAGAGCAGGAGCCCUAGCAAAAAUGCACGUGGGAGAAGCCGGAGCAAAGAAAAGUCAAACAGACACAAAGAGAAAUCGAACAAGCAUAGCAGGAGCAGUAGUCGAGAUCAGACUGACAGUGUGGAAAAAUCCAGAAAGAGGGAGCACAGCACAAGCCGGGAGAGACCACGUAAACGAAGCAGAAGUAAGGACCGAGGUCAUAAGCGUGAACAUGAAAGCAAAGACCAUGACCGUCAUAGUUCUGAGUUUGAAGAAAAACAGAGAGGCAAAGAUGAGACUCAGUGA